AUGGACAAUGGUGCCAAUUUGAACAGCCAUUUGAUGAAAGACAUCAGUGAACAAUUCAAAAUCACUCACAGGAACUCUACCGCCUAUCAACCACAGCUGAAUGGAGCCGUAGAAGAUGCCAAUAUGAACAUCAAAACGAUUUUGAUGAAGAUGAUCGACAACUACAAGAAUUGGCAGGAGCAACUGCCUUAUGCUUUGUUGGGAUACAGAAUGACCACCAGAACUUCGACCGGGGCAACCCCGUACCUCCUCGCUUAUGGUACGGAGGCGGUUAUACCCGCAGAAGUAGAAAUCCCUUCACUCAGGAUCAUCCAAGAGGCAGAACUAAAGGAUGCAGAAUGGGUCAAGACCCGUUAUGAACAAUUAGCCAUGAUAGAAGAAAAAAGAAUGGUGGCAGUAUGCCACGAACAGCUGUAUAGACAGAGAAUGUCUAGAGCCUUCAACAAGCGGGUUAGAACUCGGCUUUUCCAGAUCAAACAACUCGUGCUCAAGCGAGUCUUCCCUCACCAAGAGAAAUAUAAAGGGGAAUUCGAGCUGAACUAG